GAAAAGUCACAAAAUGGGGCAAAAUUCACUUAACUAAUGUCUCACUUAGCAACAGAAAUUUGGGGCUCAGUUGAGGUUGUAAGUCAAGGAUUACCUGUAGUGACAUUGGGUCUUAAACAGCUUUGCAAGCGCUGCUAUUUAUUAUUAUUUUUUUGUAGGAUAGCCAAGACCAGGGGUAGGCAACCUUGGCUCUUUUAUGAUUUGUGGACUUCAACUCCCAGAAUUCCUGAGCCAGCCAUGCUAAGGGGAAAGGGAGAGGUUUCCAAGCUGAACCAUGCUGGCUCAGGAAUUCUGGGAGUUGAAGUUCACGAGUCAUAAAAGAGCCAAGGUUACCUACCCCUGGCCAAGACCCUCAAAUGGUUGGAAAGUGGCCUAGUAUCACUCAGUCUCUGAGAGGUCUUAGUGAAAAUGUAAGCCCAAUGAAAGCAACCAAUUUUUUCCUCUCAGGUAGUUGCUGCCUACAUGGUGAACAGAAAUUCAACUGGUGAAGGCUCGCCUGCUGUGAGAAAACAUGCCUCCUGUUGAAUUUUUGGAUGUCAAACUACUGAAAUUUUGCAGGAAAAUAUGUUCAAUUUUGUAACUGAUAAUCUGUCUGGCUUUGGAAAAAAAACAUUUUUUAUCAUAGCAAAAUCAUCAGUGCCCAUGUUUAGCAAUUCCUGGGUAACCCACAUUGCUUUUGUGAAUUUAGAUUUUUCAAUUAGGGCAUAGAUUAAAGUGUCUGAACCAAAAUAGUUUCCAUAAUUACAUUAUGAUUUUUUUCCUUUCAUUUCAGCAAGCUGUGCUUCCUAAGGCUGUAAGAAAAGCUGCAUUAUCACUACAGGCUGGCUGUAGAAAGGCAAUAUUACGUGGGAUAUUAGAAAUACUUUCGGACAUUUCAGCAAAAGAAUCAGUCUGAUUUACCUUAACAUACACAGACUGGCUGCCUGCCUGCCUAUUUGUCUAAUGAUUGAUCUAUGCAAGAUCACAAGAUAUGGAGAGACCUGGCCGAUAGAAUCACCCAGAAUUGGACAGGACUGAAUGGAUAACAUCAUCAUUUACAUCCAUCUAACGGUGGAACAGCACCAAUGAACUCCUGUGAGGCUCCCAUGAACUUUCUGGAAGAAGGUGGAUUGGCUGAACAGUUUCUUCACAUUGAGCGAGAGCAGAUAGUCCGCCUGAAUGCUCUCAGCUUUCUUGAUCCUGUCCACUAUGUUUACAACCCUUUGGAUUAUGCCUGGGAGCCCCAUCAGGACUAUGUACGUAAAUAUUGCCAUUCCCAGAAGGAGGUGCUCUUUCUCGGGAUGAAUCCCGGGCCUUUUGGCAUGGCUCAGACUGGGGUGCCCUUUGGAGCAGUGCAGCUUGUUCGAGACUGGCUGCAGAUAAGCGGACAGGUGUCUCGGCCAGCGUGCGAACACCCAAAGAGGCCCAUCCGUGGCUUGGAGUGCCCCCAUAUGGAGGUGAGCGGAGCCCGCUUCUGGGGCUUCUUCCGCUCUGUGUGCACCAAGCCUGAAAAGUUCUUCCAACGCUGCUUUGUACACAACCAUUGCCCGCUGCUCUUUAUCAAUCAAAGCGGGCGCAAUCUGACACCGGCUGACCUGCCGGCUGCUCAGCGUGAACAGCUUCUUCAGAUAUGUGAUGAUGCCCUGUGUGAAGCUGUGAAAUUAUUGGGUGUUGCAACAGUCAUUGGGAUUGGACGCUUUGCUGAACAGCGUGCCCGCAAGGCUCUGUCAGCCGCUGGUAUUCCGGUAUGCGUGGAGGGGGUGAUGCAUCCGUCCCCUCGCAAUCCCAAAGCGAACAAAGGCUGGGAUGCCAUCAUCCGAGCAAAACUGGAAGAGCUAGGCUUGAUGGCUCUCAUCGCGGACUAACUGAGAAUUCCAUGUUCAAGAAAGCAAAGAGCUCUUGCUUGGGUUCUCAUGACUUCUGGAUAAUGGAUCGGAAGCAUUAAUUCUUCUACUGGGCUCGUUGAUUUGGCUUAAGAAUCUUCUAGCCUUAGAUCUACAUAUUUUUUACGCUUUUACUUUCACUACUCUUAUAUACAUACAUACAUACAUACAUACACACACAUACACAUAUUUUCCUUGGUGCUAACACUUGUUUAGGCAGCUGUAUUCAGCUGGCUAUCUGUGUCUUCGUAUACUUCACAGUAGCUAUUCAUGUUGCAGUUUUGUGCAACAAUAUUCCAGUUGAGAUUUUGCCUAGAUCUUUGCCCUUUUGGAAUGGCAUGGCUCCUUAACACUACUUAUGCUGAUGGGCUACCAAUUGAGUUAGCCCAGUAUUGUCUAUUCCACUUACAUCUCUUUAAAGCCUAGAUAUGCUCAGUUUUUUUAUAUACAGAGCAGAAGCUCUGACCCAGAGCCAAAGUGUGCCUCAUGGCAACUGUGAGAACUACCUUCUCCUCAUUGCUUUUAAUGCUGCUGUAAUUCACCGUUGCAUAUCAGAGGAAGAACUAAGUGGGUUCUAGAACACUAGGAAAGUUCUAAUUAGAAGUAGGAGGAAUAAGAACUGUGAUUCUGUAUGUUUCUGCAUUACUGUAUCCUUUGACAUGAGCAGUUCACAUCUGGUUCCUUUCUAUCUUUUGAUCUGUGGAUUUUUGGGAAAGGAACAAAGAAAAGGAAAGGGUAAGGAAAGAAUGCUCCCCUCCUUCUCUUCAGUUCUUGGUUUUGUUUUGUUUUUAAUUAAAAAUUGCAACUAGCUACUCUUAGCCAACUGCUGAGUAAGAAGCAGCAGCGUUUCUGAAAAUAUCUAUUCAGGAAGUGGAAGGAACAAUGCAGGUGUAUUCCAUGUAGACCAAGUUAUCUUGCAGUCUUCUCAACUGCCUGCAAUACGAUGUGUAUGGGGGAAACUAAUUGUAGAAACACUCCUUUACUGUUGCUGUAUGAAGUAGGCUUGGAUUAAACACUGUCUGAACAUGGGAGUUUUGGUGCUUUCUGAGUUUUCUUGCAGACAGUUCAUUACCAAUUAUUCAACUAGGUAACAUUAUCAGUGCACUGAUGAUGUUACCUGGUAGGGUAAUUGGGUAAUGAAAUGUUUACAAAAAAUAAAUCCAACCAAGCUCAGAAAGUACCAAGGAUAUCACAGUUCAACCGUAAGCUACAAAUAUUCUCUUCUAUCCAUACUGCCUCAAUGUGGCUACUCUGCUUUUGCGUGUAGCCCCAUCACUAAAGCCCAACAAAAUGGAUAUGUUGAGCAUGUGAAUGGAAUUUGAUCAUUACGGAGUUGAACUUGGUUCAGAAGCAAGCCAACUCUGCCACUCAACCUACAUUUCUUGUGCUAUUCUGUGUAAGUUACAUAUUUCCUUAUAUCAAGCUUGACUUCUAGUUUUCUUUGUAAUAACGCACAAGCAGUUUUUCUUUGUUUUCUUCCAGGAUUAAAAAAAAAAAAAAUCCU